AUGGCGGCCGACGUGCUCUUCGACGACAUCGUCGGCGUCUUCAACAAAAUAGGAAGGACUUCGAAUCUGAAAUCAAAACAGGCGAAUUUUCAGAAGAGUUUCGACGCGUGGAAGCAAGGAUGUGAAUCUCCGACUGAAAUGACAGCGAUUCUUCGAUUUUUUGUAUCCGAUUACGAAAGAUUCCGAAAAUUCGACAUGGGACCAACAAAACUAGCGAGUUUUCUAGCCAAGACAUUCCAUGACGUCAGAGCAGAUUACGUGGCAGAAAUCUCAAAAGAUUCGACGAAAGCGGCACGCCAGCUGGCGGAGAAAAUUUCAGAAGAGUAUCGAACUGAAAAUGAUGAGAGUGCAGUUAUAAAAGUGUCGGAUCUCAACGAGUUUCUGGAUUUUUUGGCGGAAGGACCGAUGGAUGAUCAGAAAAAGCGCGACAGAAUGUCAAAACUAGUGAGAACGUGUUCGGAAGACGAGUUGGAAUGGAUUUUCAACAUAAUUCUUCGAAAUGUUGAAUCGGCUCUCGGCGCUCCAAGCAACAAAAUUCUCGAUUGGGUUUCCCCAUCAGCUUGUGCGAUAUGGGAUCAGACUCAUGAUUUGAAAGCGGUUUUAAAGGGGAAAUUAGUGGAAAAAGAGGAAUCUGGAACUGGGGAAGAGGCGUCAGAUGGAGAUGAGCAUUUAUUCAAAAUAUGGACACCAAUGUUGCUUCAGAAACAGAAGAGGGGUGAUUGGUAUGCUAGUAUAGAAAAAUUCGGCGGUCCCAAGUUCUUCCUUCAAGUGAAAUUCGAUGGGGAGAAUGUGUUGUUGCAUAAGAAGGGCAACGAGUAUCGAUGGUUUACAAGGAAUAACAAUGAUUUUUCAAAAGAAUACGGUGACUCCUCAAUGGCAAUCGGAAAACUCUCCAGUCGUAUUCACUCAUUUUUCAAUAAAGAAUGCGAAUCGGCGAUUUUCAAUUGUGAAUUAAUGUUGUGGGAUAAGAAAACUAAAAGGCUUUGCCGCCACAACGACGCGUCCACCACAUCCGACGCCCAAGUGCUCUCCUUCAGACACGUCAAACCAGAUGAUAAUCAACAAUUAACCGUUGUCCUAUUCGAUUUACUCUAUCUGAAUGGCAAGCCUCUUUUCGGCGCUCCACUUCAUCAAAGACUCGAAAUGCUCAAAAUUGCGCCGCUGAAAAAAGAGCGAGAGGAUACGAUUUUUGUGGCAAAAUAUGAGGAGGCUAGUAGGAAAGAAGAAAUCCAGAAAUUCUUCGAAGUCGCCAUGCAAAAUAACGAGGAGGGAAUAGUGGUGAAGCGGGCGGAUAGUGUCUAUGUGAAGGGUCAACGGAGCGCGGCGAACGGAUGGUUCAAGCUGAAACCAUCUGCAUCAAAAGACUGUGAUCUGGAUUUGGCGCUGGUUGCGAUUCAUCCGAGAGCUGGAAGAAAUGGAAAAACGCUUUAUCGAUUCGCGGCGUUCGAUGAGAAAUCGGGGAAAUUCAAGCUUUGUUUGGGGUGUUCUUAUGGAUUAACACGGGAGACUCAUGAAGCGAUUGGAUUUGAAUGCGGACAACUUCUGGAAGAAGCGCCGGAAGAGCUCACAUUCUAUGGGAAACGUCCGAAUAGAAUUAGCAAGGGUGAUGGUGGAUAUAUAGAUUUCGAACGCUGGCAAGUCAUAAAAAUCACAUCGAAUGGAGUGAGAAAUGGGAAAUUGGUGGAUCCGGUGAUGAGAGAGUGGAGAGUGGACAAGCCGGUAGAUCAGAUUAACACGUGGGAAGAGUUCUCGGAUUAUGCGACGAAAGUGCAAGACUGCAAACUGGGGGAUAACGUGGGAGAUAGUGAUGAUGAAGAGAGCGAAGAGAAGAAACCGGACCCCCUGAAAGUGGAGAAAAUCACUCGGAAAGCUAUACAUCAAACAGCGCCUGUCCGACUGAAACGCGCGAAACUGGAAUCCAGCUUGUCUGGUGUCGAAGUCGCUGUCCUUCAAGGCACUUCUGAGACGAUUCGACGAAAGUGUGAAGAGAUUCUGAAACAUUUCGAUGCGGUGGUAGUGAAGGGGAUAACGCCCUCUACCCAACUAUGCAUAGCUACUGCUCCAAAACCAACCCACCCCAAAACCGCCCAAGCGAUUGCCGCCAACACAUGUACUGUCCUAAAACCCGCCUGGCUCGAACGCUGCAACACAGAUGACCUCAUUCAGCCGUGGACGGAUUCUGAAGUAUUCCACGUCGUUGCCGGAGGAUUCCAGAUUCAAAAUUAA